AUGGAGAAGAAGAUGAAGAGAAUGGCCGCCAGGACCACCUCGUUGAAGAUAGGAAAGAGGCGACUCUGCCACGGCAAGUGUAGCAGAUAUAGUCUUCCUGAUGACCUGCUGGUUCAGAUACUCUCCCAACUACCCGUGAAGUCCACCCUCCGGUUCCGCUGCGUUUCCAAAGAGUGGCUUGCCCUCCUCUCCGAUCGCGGCCCGUACUCCAUCAGAUACCUAUGUCCGACCAUGUGCGGCUUCUUCUAUCGACGAAGCCACCUCGCACGGUCCUGGCAGUACGCGGCCAUCCACCCUUUUAAAGAUCACCGCUUCGAUCUCCACAAGCUCAUCUCUCAUCUACCUGACCAUCGCAACUUGAAUCUAUUGGAUAGCUGCCACGGUUUGCUUCUCCUCGGUUGCAGGGAAGACAGGAGUUAUAAGUCGAUGAUCGUUUGCAACCCGUUCCGGAAUGACGAGAUCAACUGGGUGACCAUCCAUAUGAAUACAGCGGUCAAACAACUACCCUUGCAACGUAAAUUUAUCUCAGCGAAGUUGGUCUCCCAUCGAGCCUCCCGUAGCUUCAAGUGCCUCCUCUUCUUCGAGGAUUACCGGUUGAAUGAAUUGGGUGCCGAGUCGAAUUUCUGGUGUACGGUGUUGUACGGUAACAGGGGUCAGUCCCACCACAUUUAUCAGAUACCCCCGCACGUACCACCACCGUUUGAUCUUUACGACGUUGCUUUUGACAAUAAUUACCCAAAAGUGUGCGUCAUCCAAGAGAACAAGAAAGAUCAUUUGAUUAGUUCAGCACUGAAUGAAAGAAGGAACGGACGGGUUCGGAGUCUCAUGGGAGUCUCUCGUGGGCUCGCUCACUUUGCUUUUUGCGAUGAGCAUGAGCUACACAUCUGGAUCCUCGAGAGAGAGGAUGGUAAAAGAGUGUGGAAGCCGACGCAUAAUUGCAGUAGCCAACCUCUGAUCAAACAGCACAAGGAAUCACUCCGACAUCAUAAGCAUGAGGGCAACCAAAGGGUCUAUUCCAUCUUGCCGCUCGGAUUCCACCCUGACCUCGACAUUAUCUUUCUACAGAUUGAGUGGAGGAUAUACUCUCUCCAUCUUGGCAGCGGUUCCAUGGACGAGGUGGCUGGUGAAAGAGGUGCAAAUCCCGAAAGCGAAAUGUUUUUGUUCCAUCCCAUCACCAUGGAUCCUUCAACAAGCUUAGGGGAGAGAAGAGAAUACCACAUGGGACUCCCUGUAAUGGAUCCCUAA